UUAGAUUCGCCUUGGAACUAACAAUAAAACAACUGUAUUACAAUUAAAUAAAUUGAAUUAGUAAAUAAAUCUUACAAUUAAUUCGCACACCAUUCCUCAAACACAAAAGAAAGUGCCAAAAAUAUGCUAACAAAUACUGAAGGAGCUAAGGCAAAUUUGACAGCUUUAACAUGGGCCCAUGCAGUCAAUAGUCAGAAGCACUUAACAAGUGCAUUAAAUAGUGAUAUUGACUUCAUAGAAGCCGAUAUAGUUAUGGGUACAAUUAACAAUACUGGAGUAGAUUUACCUAUAAUGGCGCAUCCACCAGCGAAUACUUCAGAUUUAUCAUUGGAUUCAUUUCUAUUGCAAAUAAAAAAUUACAAUGACAACCAUACAGAAAAAAUGAAAGGAGUUAAACUGGAUUUUAAAUCCACAGAGGUUUUUGAAGGAGCUUUGUCGACUUUGAAAGAAAAAAUACCAGAGAUGACUUAUCCUAUUUGGCUCAAUGCCGACAUUGUCAAAGGUCCUGUCAAUCAAACUCUCAUCAGGCCUGUGGACCCAGAACAAUUUUUAACUGGUUGUGCUCAAUUCAAAAAUGUUGUAUUAUCGAUAGGUUGGACAACCAAAUGGACAUCUACCAUUAACAAUGGCUCCUAUUCACGUGAGCAGACCAAUGCCAUGUUGGAGAUUAUAAAAAAUAAUGUCAUUUCACAGACCCGCCAACCUAUAACAUUGCCCGUACGAGCUGGCAUUGCUGCAAAUAGUUUAAAUGAAUUACGUGAUUUGGUGAAUGCUGUAAAUGAGACGAAUGAAUGUACUUUGACUAUAUGGUCGUCCCAAAAUGAUUACGUAAAUAUUGAGAAAUUAAGACAGUUAAUAUUUUCCUUUGGUUUCGAUCGUGUCUAUUUGGAUGUACCCGUAGAGUUAUCCAGCCAGUUGGAUUUAUCGCGAACUGACCGUAUAUGUGAUAGUGGCAAUGGGAGCAACAUAGCUUUAUCACCUUAACUGAAUUUUAUUUUAUUAAGCAUUAGAAUGGUGUUAAUUAGUUUGUGGCUGCAAAAAGAACAUGUUUAAGAUGAAUGUGAAUUUGACUACGAGUAUUAAAUAUUAAAAUAUAUGUACCUAUAUAAUAUAUUAAUUAAUAUACAUAUGUAAUAAUGAAUACAUUUUUUUGAAUGGUAAGAUUUUAAUAAAAAGUCUGUAACACUAUAGUUUUGUCAAACUAACUAUAGGUUACUUAUGUAGAGUAACCAAUGAAUAA